AGAGAGAAACAGAGACACGGAGUAAGAAAGAGAUUUUUUGAAAUAAGAGAGAGAAGGAGAGAAAGAAGGCCGUGAAAACAAAAAAAUGGGAGAAGUUGUGUUGUUUGUGGAUGCUUUGAAAUCAAAGUAUGCAAUUUCAUACUGUAGAAUUUGCCAUGAAGAAGAAGUAGAGAGCUGUAAGAGCUUGGAAGCUCCCUGUUCUUGUUCAGGAACUGUUAAGUUUGCACACAGAGAUUGCAUACAGAGGUGGUGCAACGAGAAGGGAAACACAACCUGUGAAAUAUGUCUCCAGGAAUAUAAACCAGGAUACACUGCACCUUCAAAGAAGUCUCAGUUGAUUGAUGCAGCAGUCACUAUUAGAGAUAGCCUACAAAUUCCAAGAAGAGAGCAAGAGGUGACGAUUCCAAGAUUGGCGACCGGAAGUGAGUACUUGCAGUGCACUUCUGCUGCAGAUAGAAGCGCAUCUUGCUGUCGAUCAUUGGCCCUGACUUUUACAGUAAUCCUGCUUGUGAGACAUUUGUUUGCUGUGCUUAGUGGUGGAGCAGAAGAUUACCCCUUCACACUUCUUACUGUACUUAUUUUAAGGGCUAGUGGAAUUAUCCUUCCUAUGUUGAUAUUGAUGAGAACAAUUACAGCAAUUCAAAAUAGCAUCCGGAAACAAUAUGAGGAUUCUGAUGAUGACACCUCAAAUCUGGAUGGAGACAAUGAAGAAGAUGAACAGCAGCAGCAGCAUGCAGUCUAAGGCUACUCCUAAUGUAUAUAUAAUCUACUUCAGUUGAAUUUGCAUCUGAGCAUUAUAUCAGUGCUCAUUUUGUCAUAACUCCCCUGUUUUUUUGGGGUACAAAAGAAAAGGAAAAAAAAAAAAAAAAGAAGAUUAUUUCUUGAAAAAUAA